CGCAAAUUGUCAACUAAUUAACGAUCAAGUCAUCCAGAUCCGACUGCUCAUAAGAGCGCGGGAGUACUGGGAGCAUGAGAAAUACAACGUAAUUGCACAAAAGAUGAAGGAGUUCGGAGCGGGACCGUACACUCCAGAGCAAUGUGAAGCCCAACUGCGAUACCUCGAUGCACAAAACCGGGAGCGUAGCACUGGUCCGCGGACACGAAUACCUGAUCCUCAACAAUCGCGAAAGCGAUCAUGGUCAAAACUGGCCUCCAGUGUGGCCAGUGGUAGUACGAAGUAGCAUUUGUGGUUGUUUUGGGAAUGUACUUUUUUGACUUUUUUUGGGAGGGAUGAUGAAGCGCAUUAUUGAUUUCUUUGGGGCUUUCUUUUUUGUUGGGGGGAAAUUACACGCAAGGAUGAUUGUUUACGUCUGGAUGAGUUUCUUUUUUUACUUGGAUAUACCCUGUGACCGAUUGCAUGCGAAUGACAUAUUGCUGGACGUUUUUGAGCAACGUGAAUCUCAAAUCAUGGAAGCCGAGGAAGCGUCUCCCGACAUCGAGAGAGUGAACGAGAAUGCCAAUCAAGGACGGGCCUUCUCUGGACGCUAAUGCGACGGACAAAGAGACGAAGCCAGCGUCGUACAGCCCCUAGAGAGUUUCCCAGCUGCUAAGCGAUCACAAUUAAACUUUCUGGUCAUCUAACGGCUGAAGAUCAGCUCGACUAGAGAACCAGCUAGCCUCUUUGGGUGGGAGAUAGGCUGCAUCUGACGAGGUCACUUCUUAGCCGCCAGCAGCCCCAAGCCACACGACAGCUGGAGGACCUCGGUCCCUAUGAAAGAGCCGCCGGGCUGAUCCUCCACACGCUUACGUACAGAUCCAUGUUGCCUAGCAGGUUGCCUGACUGGUGGUGUUUUAGGAGGAAUGCAGUCAGUGACUCAAGCAGUCUGGACCCGGUAACAAAACUACUACUCGGCUAAGUUUAGCCUGGUGUUACCGGCCAAUGCAAUGACAUGCUCUGCCAUG